CCUGGCCUUGGGAGCAGAGGGGAAGUGUGUUCUGAAUCCGUAUCUCCCCAGAAAGGGGGGAGGCGUAGAACGGCGCCAACCGCAGCUGAAGGCGGCCGAGGGAACUAACUCUGACCUCAGCUGCCUGGGACGUCUUGGAGGAAACCGCAUUGACACGGGUCUUGACAAAGCGGGCCUUCUGACUGGCCAAAGAGAGGAGCAGUCGGAGGGGUGGAGGGGGGAGAGCCUUAAAGGGUCAGGAGGAGAGCUGGGAGGAUGGACGCUUUUGAUAGGCGUGGACGCUCCAGGAGGGUUUGGGGGCCAGAGCCCCUUUGCUUCUCCCGAGCCCCCGCGAGAGAAGAUUCUAAGGGACUGGAAGGGAGGGGCGGAAGAUGCAACCGGGAGCCAGCCCCAGGGCGCCCUGCGAGGUGCAAGGAGGAGGAAGGUGCUGCUGGGUCUUCUCUUCGUGUCUGUACCGCCCCCUCCCAAGGCAGCAAGGGCCCAGCGCAGUGAGGGGUGAGGUUGGGCCUCGGGGAGCUGCUGGCAGGGUCGCCGGACACCGACGGCCUCACCGCUCUGACCUCACGAAUACCCUGAACCCGACACUGCGGUCCCAAUUCUGCAGUUGCCCGCCCGGCCUACCAAGGGGCAGUCCUGGGGCUCUGGAGAGGGGGAGGCCAUUUCACAUUACAGGGUGCUGUGGGGAGUUGAGUCACAAAAGGUAGGCUGUGGGAGACCUUGCAGUCUUGACCCCUGGGGUGGGGUUGGGAAGGACAGGCUGCCACAAGAGGAUGGCCUGGUCCCUGGGGGCCCGGAACUGGACCCAAAGCUGGGCCACAUGAGUGGUGGAGGGAGGAGCUUGGGUCUGUAAAGGCAUCCACCCCAAGGAAAUCUGGCGCCACUUUUGCCCCCCAGGCUGGGAGCUCUCUGGGACUCUGACCUGGUCAGAUGCCAGGACCCAUAGGGUCCCCACUGGGAGGAGGGACCUAAGCAAAAGGCCACUGAGGACCUGUGCCUCCUGGCUUUCUACGUAGGUUUUCUUCAGCACGGAAGAUGGAUUUUCUCAUCCGUGCUCUCCGAUGACUAAGCAAGUUCAGAGAGCUCAAAUAAGUUGCCCGAAGUCACCAGCUCCUUCUCUAGGAGCAGAAACUUGAGCUCAACCUGCUGAUUUCUCAGCUUCCCCUAGGCAGGGGUAGGGGAGCCUGAGGAUGUGUUUGUAAUCACAGACGCUCCAGGAGGCCGCUAGGCUCCUUGAGGGCCACCGCCACCACCUCCCAGUCUCAAUUCCCAAUUGGUGAGGAGGGCUGAGGAACACUGAGUGAGAGACCCUACUGCCCUCUGGUUGGAAGACACAGAGGCCCAAAGGGGCCAGAACAGGAGCAGGAACUUGCCUGGUCACGGAACCAGACAGGACUCCUCAGCCUCUUUCCACUCAGCAGGCUGCCCUCCAGGCCAGUGAGCAGGCUUGGGACUAGCCGAGUGCUACCCUAGGAGACGCACACCCCCAGCCCUGCCUUAGCCUCUGUAAUGUUCCAGGUCCUGAGCCGCCCCAUCUGCCCCAAGUGCAGGGAUGCAUGUUCUACAUGCACAGACCUCUGUGGUCUGUGACACCCCUUUCUGCCUCAGAUCUCCCAGUGGGAGGGCAGGGCUAUUGUGCGGGACUGGCUAUGCAUGCUCGGAGGUCACACAGCUUCUGGGGGGUCGGGGGCAGGGGAUGGGGAUGCUAGGGGCACUGGGCCUCUGGGCCUCUGGGCCUCAUGGGUCCGUGCCCCCAGCGCUCAGCGGGAUGGAAGUGCGGUGGUGCACGACCUCAGACCCAGAGCAGCAGAAAUGCAGUGACAUGAGCAAAGCCUUCCAAGAGGCCGGGAUCCAGCCACCUGUUGUGUGUACCCAGGGCACCUCAGUGGACCACUGCAUCCAGCUCAUUGCGACCCGGGAGGCUGAUGCCAUCACCUUGGAUGGAGGAGCCAUUUAUGAGUCAGGGAAGGAGCACGGCCUGAAGCCCGUGGUGGGCGAAGUAUAUGAUCAAGAGGUCGGUACCUCUUAUUACGCUGUUGCUGUGGUCAAGAGGGGCUCCCACGUGACCAUCAACACCUUGAGAGGUGUGAAGUCCUGUCACACGGGCAUCAACAGGACAGUGGGCUGGAACGUGCCGGUGGGCUACCUGGUGGAGAGCGGCCGCCUAUCUGUCAUGGGUUGCGACGUGCUCAAGGCUGUCAGCGACUAUUUUGGGGGUAGCUGUGUGCCCGGGGCAGGAGAGACGAGCUACUCAGAGUCCCUCUGUCGCUUGUGCCGGGGCAACGCUGCUGGGGAGGGGGUGUGUGACAAGAGCCACCUGGAGAGAUACUACGACUACAGCGGGGCCUUCCGGUGCCUGGCGGAAGGGGCCGGGGAUGUGGCCUUCGUGAAACACAGCACAGUGCUGGAGAACACGGAUGGGAAAACUCUUCCCUCCUGGGGCCAGGCACUGCUGUCCCGGGACUUCGAGCUGCUAUGCCGGGAUGGCAGCCGGGCUGAUGUCACCGAGUGGAGGCGAUGUCACCUGGCCCGGGUGCCUGCUCAUGCUGUGGUGAUGCGGGCGGAUGCAGAUGGGGGCCUCAUGUUCCGGCUGCUCAAUGAAGGCCAGCGUCUCUUCAGCCAUGAGAGCAGCAGCUUCCAGAUGUUCAGCUCCAAGGCCUACGGCCGGAAGGACCUGCUCUUCAAAGACUCCACCUCCGAGCUGGUGCCCAUCGCCACACAGACCUAUGAGGCCUGGCUGGGCCGCGAGUACCUACACGCCAUGAAGGGCCUCCUCUGUGACCCCAACCGGCUGCCUCACUAUCUGCGCUGGUGUGUGCUGUCCACUCCCGAGAUCCAGAAGUGUGGAGACAUGGCUGUGGCCUUCAGCCGGCAGAGGCUCAAGCCAGAGAUCCAGUGUGUGUCGGCCGAGUCUCCCCAGCACUGCAUGGAAUGGAUCCAGAAUGGGCAAAUCGAUGCGGUGACCCUGAAGGGCGAAGACAUCUACACAGCAGGAAAGAAACACGGCCUGGUCCCAGCGGCGGGGGAGCACUAUGCCCCUGAGGACAGUAGCAACUCCUACUUCGUGGUGGCUGUGGUAAAGCGGAACAGCUCCUACGCCUUCACCCUGGACGAGCUCCGAGGCAAACGCUCCUGCCACUCUGGGUUCCACAGCCCCGCGGGCUGGGACAUCCCCGUGGGCGCCCUGGUGCAGAGGGGCUUCAUCCGGCCCAAGAACUGUGACGUCCUCACAGCUGUGAGCGAGUUCUUCAGCUCAAGCUGCGUGCCUGUGAACAAUGCCAAGAAUUACCCAUCCCCACUGUGCGCGCUCUGUGUGGGGGAUGAGCAGGGCCGAAACAAGUGCGUCGGCAACAGCCAGGAGAGGUACUACGGCUACAGCGGCGCCUUCAGGUGCCUGGCUGAGAAUGCAGGGGACGUCGCCUUCGUCAAGCACACGACUGUCUUCGAAAACACAAAUGGCCAUAAUUCUGAGCCCUGGGCUGCCCAGCUAAGAUCAGAGGACUAUGAGCUGCUGUGUCCCAAUGGGGCCCGGGCUGAGGUGUCCCAGUUUGCAGCCUGCAAUCUGGCACAGAUGCCCUCCCACGCCGUCAUGGUCCGGCCGGACACCAACAUCUUCACUGUGUAUGGACUGCUGGACAAGGCCCAGGACCUGUUUGGGGAUGACCACAAUAAGAACGGCUUCAAAAUGUUCGACUCCUCCAACUAUCAUGGCCAAGACCUGCUUUUCAAGGAUGCCACGAUCCGGGCGGUGCCUGUUGGGGAGAAAACCACCUACCGGGACUGGCUGGGCCCUGCCUAUGUGGCGGCUCUGGAAGGCAUGCUGUCCCAGCAGUGCUCAGGUGCAGCGGCCCUGGCCCCGGCCCCCGGGCUGUCCCUGCUGCUGCUGUCGCUGCUCCUGCUGGGCCUCCCUGCGGGCCUCCUGCAACCCACCCUCUGAAGCAGCCCCGGGCAAGCCCGGCCCUCCCUCGGAAUGGAAACCUACUCUGAAAUGUCUAUAAAUAAGCUGUUCUUCUCGCUCCGGGGGCCCGGGGGAUGGGAGAGGACGGGUGAGAAACCCUGGAGCUCCCCGGAGCUGCGAUGCCGGCACUGGGAGAAGCUGCUGUGAUUGCUUCAAACCGGAAUAAAAGCGAAUGUGAAAGGAAGAGGCCCCCCCGCCUGCAGCCGAGUUGGACGCGAGCAGGGCUCCCCGUGAAGCAGCCCCCGCCUCCCCGGCACCACCUGGCCCGCGGCUACCUGAGGCCCCGCUGGCCGGCCUCCCAGUCACGCCGCACCCACGGGCUGGCGGGCUCCCACCACCCCGCCUCGCCAGGCUGCGGAUUGGAAAAGGCCAGUUACCAAGGAAACAGGCUGAGCCCAGCUUCCCACACGGCCCCCUCUGCCAGGCCGGCCCUGCUGAGCUGGGGGGGGCUCCCACUCGCCCUGCAGGCAGUGCACAGGCCCCGAGUACCUCUGUGAGCCCUGCUCUGUCUGGGCUCUAACUGCCGCUCACAGCCUCCCUCCUCAGGCCUCUGGGUCUGUCCCUGGAGGCAUCCGCCAUAUCAGGCUCCACCAGGCCUGCCCAGAAGGCGAAGCUGCUGGACACAGACAGCCCUUUGUCUUCUGUGGCUUGGCCUGGCCCAGACCACGGGACACCUGAUGGGGCUGGGCUGGGAGGGGAGGGAGGCUGGAGCCCAGGAGCACAGGGUGAAAUCCGUAAGGGCUCCUCGGACACAGGAAAUGGCUCCUCCGACUUUCCUCAUGUCCUCAGAGCUCCCCCUGAGUUUCCAUCUCGAGUGUCCUCUCCUCCUACUCUCAUGUGACACCCACGGCUGCCCCCGGACAUCUAGCAGAGCAGUGGUCUCUAGGCUGAAGUGUUCAGCCUUGAGGACUGCCCAGAGAGCUCCAGGCCGGGAGCAGCAGGCGGCCCAGGCCUCCGAGGCCACCCAAGCCCACCCAAGUUCUCUAAGGAGGCAGGAACGGGCCGUGCCAGGCCCAGGUUAGGCGCCGGGAGGGAGCCCCACCUCCUCAGGGGUGAGCAGGAGGUGGUCUUAGCCUGCUCCAGCUUAGGACAGGGCAAGGGUCCGUCUGUCUCCUCUCCCGAGCCUCAGAGGGUCUUCUCUACUCCAUUUUUGCCAUGGUUGUCGGGGGAGCCAGAAAAGUUUCCAGAACUGCCAGCUCUUCCUCUGAAUUUUGCUCCCAGAGGAAAGAAAAAAGAGGAGAAACGAGCAAGCCACCCUCUCAAGACUGGGAGCCGCGUGGGUCUGGAGCUAUUUGCGGCUGGAUCUGCGGGGGCCUUGGGGACGCCGAUGACAGGCUGGUUCCUGGUGCUUCGCCCCCAGCGUGAGGGCGGAUCCCUUCCAUCUCCCAGCCGCCAAGGAGGCCCCGGCAGUAUCCUGGCCACAGUCCUGCCAUCCCAAGGUGCCCUAGUCACCGUGCUGUGAAGCAGCCGGCGAGGACACCGCCAAGCCUUGUACCCUCUGCCCUGAGGCACUGAGUGAUUCUCCGACCUGAUGAUUGAUUUUUUUUCUUUUUUUAAAGAUUUGUGCAGUAAGAGUAUUUGUUUGGCUAUGCUGCACUGGGGUGACACCAGAACUAUAAGCCAUGGAAAGUGUGACCUGUGUGAAUGCUAGGUGAUGUUGGGUUUUUAGGUGACAGCAACAUGGGGCCACCUUUGUGUCAGUGCUAAGAAAAAUGUUGCUUUGUUUUUUUAAUAAAGCGAAACAACCAGUA